AUGACAGCACCAACCAAGCCCAUAGCAAGCACUGGAACACUAGCCAUCCUUGAUAAUAUUGUUAUCAUGAUAUUUGACAAGGCUGAUAAAAUGACCACAGUUACUGGUCAGAUACUUACUGCUGUGGCUAGUCUGAGAGAUACAGAUAGAACCAAUAUUGAAGCAGCUGCAGCAAUGCUGACUUCAGUCUUGAAAAAACAAAGGAAUAAACUGAGGACCAAGGUACCAGAAAUCAUAGAUAUUAUUUAUUUCCACUUACAAGCUCUCCAGGAUCCCAUUGCUAGAAAAGCAGCCAUGGAUGCCAUUUGCCUGUUGGCUGAUACAUACACAGAGGAAGUGAUCUCGAGUCUUCUGAGCCUCUCGCUGCCCUGUGACACGCACGUCACUGAAAUUUGGGAAGUUCUGGGUCAAGCUAAACAACCAGUCAGACUCCAGGUUCUGGUGAAGCUUCUUGAAGUGCUGAAAAGAAGACCUUGCCUCCAGCAUGAAUCCCCUAGCUUGACCAUUAAGGACAAUUCCUCCCUUCUUCCUCUAGCGGCAACAAAGGCCCUGUGCAUAAUAUUUAGGAAUAAAAAGUCCAAAGUGCCUAUGAACAGCUUUUAUGUGUCUGUGAUCAUCUUCUUGGUUAUUCAGCUGCAUUACUUGGUGAAUUUUCCAGACAUUGAAUAUGGAAUGGAGGAGAGUCUCAAAGCAUCAAGCUAUAUAAGCUGUGCCGUGGAAGCCUUAAAAACUGUAAUUAAAAGGGAGAAGAAGUCUUGGAUGUGUUUUUUAAGUCUAGCAGGCGGCUGGGACCUUUUGUCUUCACCAGAGAAUUACCUUGAAGGAGUUCUUCUCCUAGCCAGAUCCAUUGUCAAACAUUAUCGGGGGCUCGAUUACGCUAUAUUCACCAAGGUGAUACCACUCCUGCAUCAUGGGGAUGACAAACAGAAACUAACAGCAAUGGCCUUUUUCACUGCACUGCUUUCUUCUGAGUCCACCUAUGCAGUGCUACAGAAACAGUAUAUCCUGAGCCUGCUGAAGAACUGGAACACUGAUCCAAACUCAACCUAUCGCUGGCUCAGUCUCCAUGGGAUGGGCAAUGUUGCUCUUCACCUGCAAAAUAACAAAGAACUCACAGAGCUGAUUCUGGGAAUCCUUCAGAGUUUUCAUGACCCUGAUGAGAAGGUGGCCUUGACUGCUUUUGAAGUCAUAACGAGGAUGGCUGCGAAGAAGAAGAAUGUUCUGGAAUGUGUGACGAUUGCCAAGCAGCUCCAGCCAUUCUUGACUGAUGGGAGGGUCAAGGUAUGCUGUGCUGCAAAUCAGUUGUUUCAAGUCCUCCUUAAGAACCCAGAUUUGAAAGAUAAACCCCUUAUGCAGGACCAAGUUCUCAACAGUAUCGUCCCAUUGUUGCUGAACAUGCAGGAUCAGCAUCCAGAAGUGGUCAAGAGUUGUAGAGAGAGCUUAAAACAGUGCAAGAUCUUCUUGGGAUGGACUGUAAAUGACAGCCAGGGGGACUCUUGGAAUUUCACCUGCAAGCAUCUUGUGAAGGAGUACCCAGGAAAACUAAGGAACUUUCUGUACCAAGCACAAGAUUAUAGCCAAAAUCCACGAAAGUCUUCAAGUACCAUAGCCAACAUGUUUAUAAGCUGCAUCUUCGAACACAUGGAAUCUGGCUUUGUGCAGAAGGAAGAAGUUGACAUCUUGCGGCAAGAUCCCAUAGGUGAUUUCAGUAUCUGA